AUGGGCGACGACGCACGCACGCGGCGCGUCGCGCACGCCGUGCGGCGUGCAGGCGGCACGGUGCUGCCGACCGCUGGGGCUGGCGCUACGGAGCCGGCGGACUACGCGGUCGGGCCCCUGGCGCGGCCGCUGCAUGUCGCGGCGCACACGUACGUGACGCACCACUGGGUCGAGCGGUGCCUGUACGACAAUGCGCUGGUGGACCCCAGCGCGCACGUCGCGCUGCGCCCGGCCACCGAGCCGCUGCCGAGCGCGGACGCGGCGCACUGGCGCGUGGCGCUCACGGGCAUUCCGCGCGACGGCCCCGACUACCACCACACAUGCGCGGCGAUCGCGGCGCUGGGCGGCACGGUCGUCGAUGCCUUCUCGCGGCAGGCGACGCACCUGCUGUGUGGCGCGAGCGCGCAGCGUAUCAAG